ACUCUGAAACUGUUUACAUGGGAACCAUUUUUUAAUGACGUCAACACGCAUCUGCGCAGUGAGGUCACGUCGCAGACAUCCAGGAAGAGAGUUGCAGAAAGUGAACAACGUUUGGACGACUGCUCUGAUCAUGGCUCUGAAUAAGUCCAUGCAUCCCCGGAACCGUUACAAAGACAAACCACCGGACUUCGGUUACCUGGCCUCCAAAUAUCCAGACUUCCUGCAGCACGUGCACACCAGCCUCACCGGAAAACCCGUUGUGAAUUUCAAAGAGCCGGAGGCGGUGCGAGCGCUGACCUGCACCCUGCUGAAGGAGGACUUUGGUUUGACCAUCGAGAUCCCUCUUGAGCGCCUCAUACCCACCGUCCCCCUCCGCCUCAACUACAUCCACUGGGUGGAGGACCUCAUCGACGGCCAGAAGCAGCCACGCAGGGGCAUCGACAUCGGCACUGGGGCGUCUUGUAUCUACCCCCUGCUGGGAGCCACAAUGAACGGCUGGUACUUUCUCGCCACAGAGGUGGACGACAUCUGUUUCGACUACGCUACGAAAAACGUGGAGCAGAACAACCUGUCUGACCUCAUUAAAGUUGUCAAAGUCCCUCAGAAGACUUUACUGAUGGACGCCUUGAAAGAAGAGACAGAAAUAGUGUACGACUUCUGCAUGUGCAACCCUCCUUUUUUUGCCAACCAGCUAGAAGCAAAGGGGGUAAACUCCAGGAACUCACGGCGACCUCCUCCCAGUUCAGUGAACACAGGCGGGGUGACAGAGAUCAUGGCGGAGGGCGGGGAACUGGAGUUUGUCAAGAGGAUCAUUCAUGACAGCCUGCAGCUCAAGAAACGCUUGCGGUGGUACAGCUGCAUGUUGGGGAAGAAAUGUAGCUUGGCACCUUUGAAAGAGGAGCUGAGGAACCAAGGGGUGCCUAAAGUGACGCACACAGAGUUCUGCCAGGGACGGACCAUGCGGUGGGCGCUGGCCUGGAGUUUCUAUGAUGAUGUGAUUGUUCCGUCUCCUCCCAGUAAGAAGCGUAAGCUGGAGAAGGCACGGAAGCCCCUGUCGUUCACAAUACCAGAGGCGGGACUGAAGGAGCUCCAGGCCAAGGCCUCGGCUUUAGGCUGUACUGUCCACAGCCGUGUGGACAGCAUCGCUGCUCUGCUGGAGAAAACACUCACGGACCUGCGGGUGCUGCACAAACGUGUCUCGUGCAGAAAGCAGGAGCAGAGCCUCUUUCUAACAGCUGUGGAGAACACUUGGAUCCACGGACGACAGAAGCGACGCGAAGGGUCGCGUCAGUUGCGAGAGCUUCCCAGGGCGCCGCACUGUGCUGGAACCAGUUCUCAAACCACUGCGGCCACAGCGGCUCCUGCCACAGCAUCUCCAAACCAGUCUGCCUCCGCACAAAGCAGCAACACCCAGGAUGGUGCCACUCAAGAGAAAACUGCGUCUGCACAGGAGCUAGCUGGUCAGCAGCAGCCCGCAGAGCAGAUUGGCAACGGUGCCUCUUCAAACGAGAAGAAAAGACGUAACACAAAAAGAGGUCUUAGGAAUGUAUCCGGUGAAGAUGUGGACAUGGAGUCCUCUAUGUCCACAGAUGCAAGGCAGGAAACUGGCCCAAAGGAAGCACCUGCUGCAGCAAGCGAACCCCCCUCUAAGCGACCCCUGAGCCCCGGUGUAGUCGAACACUUCCUGUUUAAGUGUCUGCUGAAUGUGAUGCAUGAGGAGAGCAAUGUAGUGAUUGAGAUGCACUGGGUCGAGGGUCAGAGUAAAGACCUGAUGAACCAACUGUGCACCUACCUGAAGAACACACUUUUAAAAUCUGUUGCUAAGUCCUAAAUGGUCAGAAAAAAACAGGUCUUUUUCUUUUUAAAACAGUAUAUUCAGAUGUGAAGUGACAGCACGUGUAUUAUUUUUAAAGAUGACUAUUGAGUGCCUGUCAUUUGGGAAGUUUCUUUUUGGACAGUUAAAAUGAUUAUAAUUUGCAUAACUGUAAACAGCUUUUGAGAAGUUUUUUUCUUGUACUUGGCAGUUUACCUGUUAAGGUAGUACAUACUAGACAUUGGUAUUUUGUGCUCAAAGUAGUCAAAACAUUUGCAAUAAAUGUACAUUUUUAUAACA